GCCUUCGACGAGUGGAGAAAUAGAAGGUUAACGAAGACUGGGACGUCUCAAUUUUUCUUCAUAUAAGAAGAAAAAAAUCUCCUUUGCCUGCGCUUUUGGAUGCACAUUACAACUCUUGGUCUGGAUUUAUUUUUCUCCUACCUUAUUUGAGUUCUUUUAAUUUACUUUAAAACUAAAUUCAUAAUGGGAUCCCAAGCAUCGAAGGGAGGAGUGGCCGUUGAGGGAAAAGCCGCUGCCGCUGACCCAGCCGCGGUCAAGACAAACGGACAGGAAAAUGGUCAUGUGAAGACCAAUGGGGAUGUGAAAGCAGAUGGCGAUAACGCUGCCACCACCAAUGGCUCUGCAGAAGCAGCCAAGGAAUCUGAGACUGGAGCUGGAGAUGCCAUUGAACCUGCCCCUGCUGCCGAGGGUGAGGCUGCCAAACCAGAGGGCGAGGCACCUAAGGAAACCCCCAAGAAGAAGAAGAAGAAGUUCUCCCUCAAGAACUCCUUCAAGUUCAAGGGCAUUUCUCUGAAGAAGAGCAAGAAGAAUGCCAGCGAGGUGAAGGAGGAGGCAGCUGCGGCCACAGCCACAGAGGAGAAACCUGAGGAGAACGGGGCAGCUGCCGAGGAGAAGCCUGAGGAGACCAAGGCUGAGGAGACUGCAGCUGCUGCUGCUGAUGCUGAAGCCCCCAAGGCUGAGGAGACCCCUGCCAAAGCUGAGGAGGCUGCAGCUCCUCCGAAAGAGGAGGCUGCUGCUCCUGCUGAGCCCACAAAACCCACAGAGGAGACCAGCUCAACACCUGCACCAUCUGAACAGAAAGAGUGAUUGUACUUCACAAGAACUUUGUGAACUGUUUUGCAAGAAAAAAAAUAUAUAUUUAUAUAUAUGUGUAUAUGUAUACAUAUGUAUAUAUACAUGGAUAUAUGUAUAUGUAUAUAUACACAUGUAUGUGAAAAAAGACUCCUCGUGCCACUUUCUUUAAGAAUAAUAACAAAUGACAGACUAGAUUCACUAGUUCACUUCCCUGGUAAUGGCUCAAAGAUCUGGAACUGAGUUAGGCUGAUACCACUUGGAAAUGGGAUGUAAACACAGGAAUGAGUUGAACAUAUGAAGAUGGAAUCAAGGUGAUGCAUCUUUCAAACACAUCAACAUAAAGAUGCUACAACACAACCAACAGGCGCAACAUAGACAUCACCACGUUUAAUGACUGUUAAAAAAAAAAAGCUAUGGAAAUUGAAAUAGAAAAAAAAGACUUGCCAACUUUCUACAUUCCUAUAUUUUAACCCAAAUUUAAGUAUUUUGUGGUGUAUAGAGAACCAUUUUAAAUAUUCAGACGGCUUUGUCUUGUUUGUUUAGAAAUGCAUUUUAAUUUUCAUCUUGGCUAAAAAAAAAAACACAUGAGCUUGCCAUGUUCACAUUUGAAGUUUUAAAAAGAAGCAGAGAUGUUAUGUGUUAAAUGUGAGCCUUGAUCUGCUUUCUUGUCUCUGUAAAUACAUUUGACCAAUUUUGUUCUUUAUUUUGCUAAUGUUUAAAGAUGUUACUGGUUUUAUUGUAAAGUUGAUAAUGGUAAAUAAAUGUUGGUUACCUA